CCCAGUUCGUCUUCGUAUGGUUACGUAAUCGAGUUGGCCGAUUAAUUUGAAUCAAUAACAAGUAUACACGCAAUUAUCAGCCUACAUAAUAGAUAAUUAUUCGGGAGUCUUGUUGUACAGAAUCAUGGAACCUAGAUGGAGGAAUAAAAAACAUAUCUUUUGAACAUAGGUUCUCGGAAAUAUACAUAGCCUAUUGUCCUGUACCACGGGUACACAGCCUAUUAUAGCUUCAUAUAUAUAUUCACGGUCGAUGAGUAUAAGCUUGGGUCACCGUCUGCUCCCUGUCUGCUCGUCAAGGAUAACAAUUAGCACAAUAGGCUCAUGUGUUCCCCAGUAUAUAGUUACGAAUGCUAUAGACGUAUGACUGAAAAUCAACCAUAAUCAUCUCGUAGGCCUUAAUUCUUGUUGAUAUUGAGCCCUACCACUGAGGAAAACUAUUGAUGAUGACCGUAUCGGCUUCAAGUUUGACAGAACGGUUGGAAUUUUGGAUCAUAAUGAACUCAGAUGGUUUUGUCAUGAAGUUUUUCACACCGCUUCAUAAGCAUCCUUUACUUGGCAUAUGAUUAAUAAACAGUUCUAUAAUUAUACACAGUAGUUUCUAUAGUUCCUCCACAGGCCAUCGGAUGGAACCUGUUUCGACUGUACUGGAAAAGUAACUUCGCAUCUGGGGCAUCUUGGAAGUGGAGGCAUAGAUAUUCAUUCGAAGCUUGGUGCUAUUAAAUUCGACAUAGUAGGUAUGUUUUAAUUUACUUCGAUCGAAAAUGGAAGAACCUAUUGAAUCGUUGCCUUCAUUCGAGAGAAACGGAACGGAUCUCCAAGGAAGGACUAGCGGCACGAACGAGCAAGAGGAAGAUGAUGGCAGUACGGUUAAACUGGAACGUACCCUUGGCAUUUUUGACGGGGUGAUGGUGAAUGUGGGUAUCAUGAUUGGUACAGGGAUCUUCAUCUCACCAAAGGGAGUCGUUGCCGGGGUAGAGAGCGUAGGAGCCACCAUCUGUGUUUGGGUGGGUGCAGGAAUCAUUUCCCUACUCGGUGCACUAUGCUAUGCCGAGCUUGGCACCACUAUCUCUUCAUCAGGAGGUACCUACACAUACAUCAGACAUAUCUUUGGAGAUUUCGUCGGUUUUCUCAACUUCUGGGCAGACACGGUAAUCGUAACACCAUCAUCCAAUGCAGUCAUGGCCUUACUGUUUUCAAUAUACUGCCUUGAGCCAUUUUACCCAGACCCAGAUUGUCCACCACCUAAGAUAGCUAUAUCCCUAUUUGCAAUCUUGAGCAUCUUGUUAACAAUGUUUGUUAAUUGCUGGAGUGUCAAACUUACUACAUUGUUUCAAAAUGUCCUUUCUAUUUGUAAAUUAAUACCUUUGGGUAUUUUAAUAGUCAGUGGAUUGGUCAGACUUGGAAUGGGACACACUGAACACUUCAAGGAUUCAUUUGCAUCAACUGAUAUCACUGGUUUGGGAACAGCACUUUACUCAUGCUUUUUCUCAUACGCCGGUUGGAAUGCCCUUAACGUCAUCAACGAAGAACUAAAAAAUCCGUCAAGGAAUCUCCCUAUCGCCGUAGCCACAUCCAUAUUGAUAGUAGGAUUUGUUAACACUCUGACCAAUGUUGCCUACUUUACUGCACUGUCCCCGACAGAACUACUAAGCUCCAAUGCCGUAGCUUUCAGCUACGCAUAUCAGGUCCUUGGAAGGUUUGCAGUUAUCAUUCCUAUCACAGUUGUCCUGUCUACAUUCGGGUGUCUUAACGGAUCCAUUCUGUCGUCAUCCAGGGAGUUCUUUGCAGGGGCUCGAACAGGACACCUCCCAACUUUCAUUUCGUACAUCAGCAUCAACCGCAAAACCCCGACCCUCUGUAUCAUAACGACGUCGACCAUUACUCUUUGUUUCUGUUUCGUAGAUAAUCUUUUCACCCUAAUCAACUUCUUUGGCUUCAUCAAGUGGUCAUCCUUUGGACUUGCUGUUGCUGGUAUGGUGGUACUCAGAUGCAAAGACCCUAACAGACCAAGGCCUUUCAAAGUGAACAUCAUUAUUCCUAUAAUAUUUGUCUUAGUUUGUGUUUUUCUUGCUGUAUUUGGAUUUAUAGGGGCGCCAAUUGACUCUCUGAUAGCGACUGCGAUUAUAGUUAGUGGGAUUCCGGUAUAUUUGAUACUUGUCAAACUUGACCCUAAGAUAAAAUGGAUGAUACAAGUUAAAAGAAAGACAUCAGUGUUCCUGCAGAAAAUUUUGCUCGUUACAUCCGAAGAACAUAAAGAAUAAAAAAGAUACUUAAUAUAUCCCUUCACUGAAAAAGAUUCCGCCAAUUUAAUCAAUUAAGAUAUACAUUCUGCAAAACUGUAAUCUCAUCUCCCCUCCCUUAAUUAUGUUCUCUGUAAUAUUUAUCAAGCUAAUCAUAUACUGUUUGUGUUUCAUCGAUUUCUGGAUCAAGACAAAUACGUUGUUCUUGAUCCAGAAAUAAAUGCGAUUCGAUGCAUGUUUUUGUAAUUGCUACCAAACGUUUACUUUUAAUGUUUACUUUCAAAAUAAUAAUGAUUGAUAAUUCAGUAGGUAAUAUUACUAAUUUCCUGUCGACUGUAAUAACGGGUUUUCUGUAAAAUUAUACCAGAAACUUGGAUAUCCUGGUCACCUGUCAUUCAAUUUUGGUGAGAUUAUUAAAACUAUCGUGAUAGAGAAUCAGUAAUAGAUGGUGCCUUUUUAAUCAAAAGUAAUAAAAAUGUCUUUGUGGGGAAUAUUAUACAGGUAUUUAAAAGAUUGAGAAUCAUAUAAUCGGACGGUAGUUGCAUUUUAUGACAGCCUAGCAUUGGUAUUACAUCAUUCAUAGAUUUGUAUUAUCAAACUCUAACACACUUGAAAAUGACAAGAGAGAAAUUUUUACUGGCAUUGUGAAAGAAAAUUAUAAAAAUACAUAUUUUAUUUUUCAAUGUAAAUCCUUCAUUUGGUCUUCACACCAUGGUUAUUAACCAAAUCGUAUUUUAAUACAGUCAUAUCUCAUUGAAAAUAUUAUCUUUUAAACAUUUGUAAUAAAUAGAGAAAAGUACUUGAUAUAAUCAAUUUACUCCUUUAUGAUAUGCUAACAAAGAAAAUUUCCAAGGUGGUAAUAAUUUCAGACGUGAAUUACUGAUGAUGGAACGAAAACUCUACAAUAGAAGCAUAUUUACUACCAAUAAUAAUUUGGUCAUCUUUAUAUUCUUGUAAUGAAGUUGAUAUUGCAUGUUGGCUUGUCGUCACAAGCCGCAAUUAUGAUCAUGUUUAAAAAGUAAUUUUAGUAGAUCGCAUAAUAAAGAUAUUAAUAUGUAAUGUUUCUUAAUAUAAAUUUAUUGACGUGACAAAUGACUCUAUGCCCGAAAUAUCUCUACGAUUUUCCGAUAAUCAUUGUUUAUUUGUAAUUUUCAUUCGAUAAAAACCGACGCAGAACGCUUUCUUUACACACUUGAAUACUGCACCUUUUUCUCCAGAACUUUAUAUAUAUAUGUUAGGUGUAACACGAUAGUGCGAUGUAUCCCAAGACAAUGAUCCUGAAAGUGCACCGAUUUAAACAAGAAAGAAAGAAAGAAAGACCUAUAAAACUUAAAGAAGAAGUCGAUCCUAACAACACAAAACCAAUUAUGGGCAUGAUCCGAUGAUAGAUGAUCGUAUAUUUCUGUUAGUAUAUUAUUUGACGAUUUUAUGACAGAGAGAAUCCAAAUCUAUUUGUAAUAGAUCGUCGAAAUGAUGAUUUUACAUUUUCGAUGAGGAUUUAAU